AAGCAAAUAGAUUAAUCAUAAACAUAUAAUUAAGGCAAUCUUAGCUUGCGUGUGUGCAUAUAUAUCAUCAAUGUCACAAGUUGUUCUUGUUCACUGAAGCAGCAAAGCCAGCACCAGCCUAGCUCGUUCUUCUUCUUCUUCCUUUGGUUAUUCCUUGCUCUUGUUCAUGUUUCCGAUGGAGUCGAGCCAGAGGGAACCUCCUCCACAGGGGCUAACCUCCGAGGAGCUUUCCGAUCUUGAGCCCCUCAUUUGCACCUACCACAAAUUCGAACCCUCCCCCAACACAUGCACGUCCCUUAUCACGCAACGAAUCGAAGCUCCGACGGGGCUCGUCUGGCCCUUAGUUCGGAGCUUCGACAACCCUCAAAGGUACAAGCACUUCAUCAAGAGCUGCAACAUGAGCGGCGACGGUGGCGUCGGCAGCAUAAGGGAGGUAACCGUCGUCUCGGGCCUCCCGGCGUCCACGAGCACCGAGAGGCUAGAGAUUCUGGAUGACGAGAAGCACGUUCUGAGCUUUAGGGUUGUCGGAGGCGAGCACAGGCUCAACAACUACAAGUCGGUUACUUCGGUGAACGAGUUCGAGAAAGACGGCAAGGUUUACUCGGUGGUUUUGGAGUCGUAUUUGGUUGAUAUCCCGGAAGGGAAUACCGGAGAGGAUACCAAGAUGUUUGUGGACACUGUGAUCAAGUUGAACCUGCAGAAGCUUGCUGUGGUGGCCAUGGCUAAUCUGCAUGGGGGUGGACAUGAAUAGUUUGAUCGAUGCCAUGGUGGUCAACUGUUAGUGGUUAGCAUUGUUCUUUGCAAAUUGGAUAUCUGUGCGCUUCUUUCUUCUUCAAUCUUUUUUAAUGUCAUCACUUAUUGGUACAGUUGGGUAUUGAUUAUGUACAUUGUGUACCCCAGAAUCCCAGAUUAUUGUUCAAGUUAUAUUGUCAUUGAGCAAUAGUUUUAGGUCCCUAGUUUUAUAUGUUGCAGCAACUUGUCAUCCAAUUUUCUUUUCAAUAAAAGUGACAAGCUAGAGAAAAGGCUUCCCUUUGGUCUCAUAUAUAUAUGAAAUAUGCUUUGCUC